AUGCCGCGCUCCGACCCUUCUGAGCUCUCCUUGCCUCUCAUUAACCCCUCACGUCAACCUAAGAGGCGUCUUCGGAACAUCGUCAUUGGCUUUGUCAUCAUAGUAGCCGUCUUCGCGGUCCUCUAUGCUCUCAAAUGCCUGGUCGCUGGGAACUCGGUAGAGGCGACUGAGCCCAACACCCUCUUACCGGUCACAGCUGUAUCUAGUCUUGUUGGGGACCUCUGUAGCUACGGCAGACGGCACAAUAUAGAGUACCAUGGCUACUUCUCGGAUCACUCGCCCUAUCUCUCAAUUUCCCUCUCGCGAUCCGGGGCCGGCAGCAACAAGACCAUUGACGACUUUAUGAGGUAUCAAGAACGCCUCGACCCUGCAGUUCCACCGGAUGUGUCGAUAACGAACGUUAGUGACGUUGAGAAGUACAUCAAUAACAAGAGGGAACACUACGGCUCUUUUCUGAAGUAUUUCGACUCGGAAGUAAGGCAAGCCGCCAGUGUAGAUGAUGUGGUCCGCACUCAUUUCCCCCGUGUUAGUAGAGGCCUUGGGGGCGCGGCAUUCCAUCCUCUUAUUCUCACGGGCGUAGCGUUGGAGGCGGAGAACGGUCUGUUGCUGGCCGAGGGCUUGGCCUACCUCCACGUUAGAACUAUGCGGGAUGCAGAUCCUGAGGAAGCUUCAAUGGUCGCCCCUGUCUCGAGUGCCUCCCCUGUUGAUGUCCUCUUCAACUUCACUGCGGCGAUCUCGGAGAUGCUACCACUACCCAAUGGGACUACUCGAGCGGACUUCCUCACUAAACCAGAGCUUCGCAGUGUCUUGUUGAAGCAAAGGGUAGAUUGGCCUCAAGAUUUCGACCGACUACAGCGUGCCGUAUCCGAUCAACUCAUCCCGUUGGCCGCUGCUGCGCUAUACUACUCUGAUAAUGAGUUCUUCGUCCUCCACGGUUGGACCUCCCUCUACGCGCUGGCAAGGCUGAUACCCCAUUUGGGCAGAGCCAAUGUCGAUACGGCAAGGUCUGCUGUGGACUCCUGGUUCCGGGCCUAUAUGGCGGCGUUUGCUCAACGAGGGCUUCCCGGUGCUAAAGACGUCAAAGGGUGGAUUCAGGGCGAGCAGGAGGAAGCCCAACUAGAGGCCGAUUGGACCACGUGGACCCAGCAGGGACAGGAGGUUGUGAACAAAGACCCUGGCCAGGUUCAUGUUAUUAAGAGUAUAUGGAUGCUGCAUAUGCGGUGGGCUGAGGCCAAUCCUGAUGAUGUGAAAACGCGUCAGAUGAUGGCGCGUGCCGCCAAGAACUUGGCUGAAAGACCUAUACGUUUCGCCAAGGUUUAG